AUGCAAGACACCAUUGGCAUUCCUGCUUGUUUUUCAUCAGGUGAGAAGCCUGCUGAUGAUCCCACAGCCGUAACCAGGUCCGGCCAGAGUGUUUUCAUGUCUGUUUUCCGAACAAAGAUUGCCGACCAGUGUCGUUUAGUAACUAUCACUUGGUGCAAGGACCUAUUGCUCCAUGGUCUCACGGUAUCAGUUGAAGGCCCCGGGGGAGAGAGUCAGUAUGGGUGUAAAGUCGAGCUUAAGCCAUGGUGUUUUUGGAGAAAGCAAGGAUCCAAACGUUUUGUGAUCGAUGGUAAACCUGUUGACGUGUUUUGGGACCUCAAGGCUGCUAAAUUCAAUGGCAAAACCGAACCCAUCUCCGAGUACUAUGUUGCUGUUGUUUGCGAUAAAGAAGUUGUUUUACUCGUUGGGGAUCUAAAGAAAGAAGCUUAUAGGAAAACUGGUUGCAGGCCUGCACUUAUUGAUCCCAUUUUGGUUUCAAGAAAAGAGCAUAUAUUUGGCAAGAAGAGGUUCUCAACAAGAGUUAAAUUUCAUGAAAAAGGUGGGUUUCAUGAGGUUUCAAUUGAGUGUAAUAACAAAAAUGUGGAUUCUUUAGGUGGGGUGGUUGGUGUUGAGCCUGAAAUGGAGAUCAGAAUUGAUGGGAAUUUGGCCCUUCAUGUCAAGCAUCUCCAAUGGAAAUUCAGAGGGAAUGAAUCCAUUAAUGUCAACAAAAGAAAAUUACAAGUUUACUGGGAUGUUCAUGAUUGGCUUUUUAACCCUGGUUUAAGGCAUGCCUUGUUUAUAUUCAAGCCUGUUUCAUCAUCAACAUCAUCAUCGUCCACACCAUUAUCAUCAUCAUCAUCAUCACUGUCAUCUCAAACAGGGAGCAGUGGUUCAUUAGAAGGGCUUAACCAUUGUGGCUCAUCAGAAUUUUGCUUGUUCCUUUAUGCCUGGAAGAUUGAAUGA